AUGUCCCAGCUCUCCUCCACCCUGAAGCGCUAUGUGGACUCUUCCCGCUACGUGGAGACCACCUACAACAAGGUCCCCGGCGGCUACAGCUCCUACAGCUCCUACGGAUCCACCUUGGCCACAGCCUAUGCAGACAGCAGCAAAAUCGGCUUCAAAAGCAGCUACCUGCCCCCGUCCCGGUACCACCACGUGGGGCUGUCCCCAGCCAGUGCCUACGACAGCAGGCAGCUGCCCCUGUACCCCGACUCCAGCAUCCGCCUGAGCCCCACCUACCUCCACACCCAGCCGCGGCCCUCUGCUGCCAGGCUGAGUGGGGGGGCAGGCUACCCCUUCACCGGUGCCCCUGGCAGCCCCCCAGGCUACCUGCCCCCAACAGCACCUCUCAGCCGUCACAAAUCCAUCAGCCACUCGGACUUGACACGGGAGUUUGCAGGGCUGCACGCCUCGGACAGCAGCUACCCAGCCCCUCCUGGCACCCUCGGUACCCGGAGCCGCCAGGAGCUCGGUGCCCUGCAGGAUCUCUACCAGGCUGCCACCCACUCCGACUACGUCCGUGGCUACCUGGAGGGUCACGGGAGGAAAAGCAGCCAUGGCAGCUGCCCCACGGGGCCUCUCAGCUCCUCACAGACCACCCUCGGCUCUGCCAUGCCACCCUCAGACACCCACUGUGCCAGCCAGAGGAAUGACAGCUACUGUGAGAUGCCCACCCGGGACCCCACGAGCUCCAAGGCGGUGCAGGGGCUGACGGGCUUGCGAAAUCUCGGCAACACGUGCUUCAUGAACUCCAUUCUGCAGUGCCUGAGCAACACCAAGGAGCUGCGAGAUUACUGCCUGCAGAACCAGUACCUGCGGGACCUCAACAACAACAGCCGCAUGCGCACCGCGCUCAUCUCAGAGUUUGCAAAGCUGAUUCAGCUGCUCUGGACCUCAUCCCCCAACGACAGUGUGAGCCCCUCUGAGUUCAAGACGCAGAUCCAGCGGUACGCCCCCCGCUUCGUCGGCUACAACCAGCAGGACGCACAGGAGUUCCUGCGGUUCCUCCUCGACGGGCUGCACAGCGAGGUGAACCGUGUGCUGGUGCGGCCGCGGGCCAGCACCGACCCCCUGGACCACCUCCCUGACGAGGAGAAGAGUCGCCAGAUGUGGAGGAGGUACCAGGAGAGGGAGGACAGCCGCAUUAGUGACCUCUUUGUUGGGCAGCUGAAGAGUUCACUGACCUGCAGUGAGUGCGGCUAUUGCUCUACAGCCUUUGACCCCUUCUGGGACCUGUCCUUGCCCAUCCCCAAGAAGAGCUACGGUGAGGUGACCCUGAUGGACUGCCUGCGGCUCUUCACCAAAGAGGAUGUGCUGGACGGCGACGAGAAACCGACAUGCUGUCGCUGCAAAGCCAGGACGAGGUGCACAAAGAAAUUCAGCAUCCAGAAGUUCCCCAAGAUUCUGGUGCUUCACCUGAAGCGCUUCUCAGAAGCCAGGAUACGAAGCAGCAAGCUCACCACCUUCGUCAACUUCCAGCUGAAGGACCUGGACCUCCGGGAGUUUGCCUCACAGAGCUGCAAUCACGCUGUUUAUAACCUCUAUGCUGUCUCCAACCACUCGGGCACCACCAUGGGGGGGCACUACACUGCCUACUGCAAGAGUCCUGUCUCCAGCGAGUGGCACAGCUUCAACGACUCCCGGGUGACGCCCAUGUCAUCCAGCCACAUCCGCAGCAGCGAUGCCUACCUGCUCUUCUACGAGCUGGCCAGUCCGUCCUCCCGCAUGUAG